AUGAAGCCACGUUCAUCUGGUAAGGAGCAUGGGGUCGCAUCCGGUAGUGUUGAACGUCUUAACGAAUCCAACGAAAAUUCGCCGAAAAAACGUGGUGUCUGUGGCUUGGCGACCAAACGUCUCAUACGAGUGCCUUGUGGUAAGGCGACUUUCGCCACUGACUCAGCUGUGCCAAGCUCCGUAAUCCCCUUUACGGUUUUUGGUGGAGCGGCUGCAGCACGUCUGAUACUCGUGGAUAUUGUUAAGCGUGAAGAUCUGAUAGGAAUACUCUCCCCGAAUGACAUCAUCCUGAAGAUCGAAGAUGUGCAAGUCAGUGGUAUGUUGAGAACUGAGGUGACUCGAUUACUGGAAAGGCUGUGCCAUGAAAACGACCAAAUCGCCAUCGAAAUUAUUCCUGCCGGUGCCAUAACGGACGACAUAUGCGAGAUCCUCGGUGACAAGCAGUGGGCGGACCUGCAGACCGUCAUUCGAGACAACUUGUACAGCAAAACAGUGCCAUACACCACGCGACCCCCACGAGACGGUGAAAUCGACGGCGAACACUAUCGUUUUGUAUCAGUAGAGGAGUUCAAACGGCUUCAGACGGAAGGACUACUUCUCGAGCACGGUACCUAUCAAGGUGAGCUACAGCUUCGAAUAGAGUCAACACUUUUGACGCCAACACGAGAGAGUACAGGUCUUACUGAAGAUUGA